AAACCGGCCAAUCAGGAGAAAGAAUUGUGAACGGCGGCGACGGGUACGGUGGUAGUGCCUUCUGGAACAAUCCGAGUGAAAUCAACGGCAGUUGGAGUUUAAGUUCAAAAUAGAGAGGACGAGAAGAUGACUGGAUCAAAUGAAUUCAAACUGAACCAGUGCCCUGAAGAUGGGAUUUCUGCCAUUAAGUUCAGUCCGAACACCUCUCAGUUCCUAUUGGUAUCAUCCUGGGAUUGUACUGUCCGUUUGUAUGAUAUCACAUCGAAUAACAUGCGCCUCAAGUACCAGCAUUCAGCAGCUGUCCUGGACUGUGCUUUUCAUGAUCCAACUCAUUCAUGGAGUGGCGGGUUGGACCUUUCACUGAAAAUGCGUGAUUUAAAUACCGACCAGGAAUCAAUUGUGGGUUCACAUGAUGCUUCAAUUCGUUGUGUUGAAUACUGCCCUGAAGUGAAUGUAAUGGUGACGGGAAGUUGGGAUCAAACUGUCAAGCUGUGGGAUCCUAGAACACCUUGCAAUGCUGGAACAUUUGCACAGCCUGAAAGGGUAUGCAUUAAUAUUGUUUAUGACAUAAUACUCAAAUUGAUUGCAAAUAAAGGAUAUGCUCAUCUACUCUUAAAACUUGAAUCUUUUGCUCCUGUUAACAUGUUGCUUCAUUUGCUGGGUUAUGUUCUGAGUUCAAUUGAAGGACGUGUUGCAGUGGAGUACCUUGAUCCAAACCCAGAAGUGCAGAAGAAAAAAUAUGCUUUUAAAUGUCACCGACUAAAAGAAAACAACCUUGAACAAAUUUAUCCUGUCAAUGCCAUUUCCUUUCACAGUGUUCAUAACACAUUUGCUACAGGUGGCUCUGAUGGAUUUGUGAAUAUCUGGGACCCCUUCAAUAAGAAAAGAUUGUGCCAGUUCCACCGCUACCCAACCAGUAUUGCAUCGCUUGCUUUCAGCAAUGAUGGCUCUGCAAUUGCUAUAGCAUCAUCAUACAUGUAUGAGAAAGGUGAAAUUGAGCACCCUGAAGACAGUAUCUAUAUUCGACAAGUGACAGAUGCGGAAACAAAGCCCAAGUGAGUUUCUGCGCAACUGGGUUUUAUCCUUUCUAUCGUUUAUCCAAACAUUUAUUAAUUUUCCUAAUUUCAUGAAAAAAUAUUGAUGUUGAGUAGAUAACAGCUCCCAGCAGAGUUAGUAUUGAUUUUAUCUUGUUCUCCCAAGCUUUCAAUAUCCGUUAUAUGAUAGACGUCACAUUGAUAAAAAUAUGCCUACUUGUUUUCUGAGGCAGCAUGUCAAAUAGUGUCAUUGUCUUUUCUAUAUAAUGCAGCUUGGAUCACUGGUCCUUUGCAUUAGAAAUAUUUUCUCCAAAUGGAAUUUUUUAAAUUUAAGACAAUAACUGUUAAAGGGGAAUUGGAAAUUCAGUUGGAGACUACCUAUGUAAGUAUUGAAUUGGCAUAAUUCUGCCUCCUAUAUCAAAUUUUCACUGUUCUGUGAAAUAUUUAAUUGACAUAGAAGUACUGAAUUCUUAACAUUAGUGAACAGUUCUCAAGUUCACUUAGCUUCCCAUCUGAAUUAGUGCUGGCAAAGGAUUGAUAAGAUAGCACCUAGUUAUCUGCCAUCAGCAGAGGAUUUUUUAAAUGACCAUUUUGUAAAUAACCAGUUUCUAGUCAUUUGAGUAAAUUUGCAAUUUGUUUUCUAUUAAAGUUGAAUUGUAAUCAUUGUUUAAUACGUUUAUGUUCUGAAAGUGUUACAUGUUUUUGCUUUAAAUUUAAUAAAAGCAUUAAUUAAAA